CCUUUGUGGAGCAUCUGGCCCUAACUCGAUCGUAUUGAUUUGUUGGACUGGCGAAGUGUGCGCGAUGUUAGGCGCAUUUCGGCAAGUCACUUGGUGUGCAGGGUUUUAAGAAUUUGUGUUGGGAUAUUUGUCAUCCAACACCAAAUGAAACAGGCAGGUGAUGGCGGCAGAGUUUGAGUUUGUGCCGCCACCGGAGGCCCCGGUGUUCCGGCCCACUGAGGAGGAGUUCGCUGACCCCCUGGCCUACAUCAACAAGAUCCGGCCGAUAGCUGAGCAGACAGGGAUCGCUCGCAUCAUCCCUCCACCGGAUUGGCAACCCCCAUUCGCUGUGGAUGUCGACAAUCUGAAGUUCACGCCGCGAAUACAGCGGUUGAAUGAGCUUGAGGCUCAUACUAGAGUGAAGUUGAACUUCCUGGAUCAAAUUGCAAAGUUCUGGGAGCUACAGGGAUCUUCACUGCGGAUACCUCUGGUGGAAAGCAAAGCACUCGACCUCCAUGCCCUGCACUGUGAAGUACAGAAGGAAGGUGGGCCUGAGGUGGUCUCCCAGAACCGACGCUGGAACAAGAUCGCCCACCGCAUGGGCUUCCCCACCGCCAAACACCAUCUCAGCUUCACGCUUAAGCACCACUACGACAAGAUCCUGUUGCCUUAUGAUAUCUUCAAGGCAUCGCAGACUGCGGCUGGGGAGCAGCCGGAGCCGGAGCCGGAGCCGGCGGAAACCAAGCCAGAGGAGACGGGCAAGAAGAUGGCGGGCGGGUCUCGGCGCAUCAUGCGCCCUCAGGAGACCACGCUGGACCAUGACGCCGUCCAGGAGCUGGCCGACCAGGGGCCCAACAACAAGGAGCUGAAACGGCUGCAGUUUUACGGAGCCGGCCCCAAAAUGUCCGGGUACCAGGAGAGCUCCAAGAACAAGCCACGCGCCAAGAAGAUCCUGUACGACCAGGACCCACUGGCCCGCUACGUCUGCCACAUCUGCACCAAGGGCGACGCAGAGGAGUCGAUGCUGCUCUGCGACGGCUGCGACGACAGCUACCACACGUUCUGUCUCAACCCGCCGCUGGUGGAGAUCCCCAAAGGCGACUGGCGCUGUCCCCAGUGUGUGGCCGCUGAGGUGGAGAAGCCGCAGGAGGCGUUCGGCUUCGAGCAGGCGCAGAAGGAGUACACGCUACAGACGUUCGGGGAGAUGGCCGACCAGUUCAAGUCGGACUACUUCAACAUGCCCGUCCACAUGAUCCCCACGCAGACGGUGGAGCGCGAGUUCUGGCGGAUCGUGUCGUCGAUCGACGAGGACGUGUGCGUCGAGUACGGUGCCGACCUGCACACCAUGGACCACGGCUCCGGCUUCCCCACCAGCCAGUCCAACAACCUGAGCGCCGAUGACCAGAAGUACGUCACAUCCGGCUGGAAUCUCAACAAUAUCGCCGUGCUGGACGACUCGAUCCUGGCGCACAUCAAGGCCAACAUCUCCGGCAUGAAGGUGCCCUGGAUGUACGUCGGCAUGUGCUUCUCCACGUUUUGCUGGCACAACGAGGACCACUGGAGCUAUUCGAUCAACUAUUUGCACUGGGGCGAGCCCAAGACGUGGUACGGCUGUUCGGGCAUGCGCGCGCAGCAGUUCGAGGAUGCGAUGAGGGCAGCCGCGCCUGAGCUGUUCAAGGCUCAGCCGGACUUGCUGCACCAGCUGGUCACCACCAUGAACCCCAACGUGCUGAUGGCGGCAGGCGUUCCAAUCUUUCGAACGGACCAGCACGCCGGCGAGUUUGUGAUCACUCUUCCUCGCGCUUACCACACCGGCUUCAACCAAGGCUUCAACUUCGCCGAGGCCGUCAACUUCGCCCCGCCCGACUGGCUGGCGAUCGGGCGGGAGUGCGUGGCGCACUACUCGCAGCUGCGCCGCUUCUGCGUCUUCUCGCACGACGAGCUGGUGUGCAGUAUGGCGCUGGAGCCGCAGAAGCUCAGCCUGCUGGUGGCCAGCGCCACCUACCAGAACAUGCUCAAGAUGAUCGAAUCGGAGCGGCAGGGACGCACCGAGAUGCUCGAGAAGGGCGUGCGGAAGGCAGAGCGGGAGGCGUUCGAGCUGCUGCAGGACGACGAGCGCCAGUGCGACUACUGCAAGACCACCUGCUUUCUCUCGGCCAUCACCUGUCCGUGCGGCAAGCGGCUCGUGUGCCUGCGCCAUUACGACAAGCUCUGCCAGUGCCCGCCGCGAAAUCACGUACUGAGGUACCGGUACACGCUGCAGGAGCUGCCGGAGAUGCUGCACGGCCUGAAGGUGCGCGUCGAGAGCUUCGACCAGUGGAUCCUGCGCGUUAAGGACGGACUCGAGGCCACCGGCGACGCUCGACUUGGCCUGGACGAGCUGAAGGGGCUGCUGCAGGAGGCCGAGGCCAAGCGGUUCCCCGAGUCAGACCUCAUCAGCUCACUGGCCAUGGUGAUCGAGGAAGCCACCAAGUGCUCGAUGGUGGCGCAGCAGCUGGCCACGAAGAAAGUCCGCACCAGGACGCGGCCACAGGGCGAGACCAAAUACCGCCUGACGGUGGACGAGCUGGAGCUGUUUCACGAGCACAUCGAGCAGCUGGCGUGCCGGAUCCGCGAGCAGGACGACAUCCGGCGCCUGCUGGACCAGGUGCAGGAGUUCCAGCGGCGUGCCGUGCAGCUGGUGGAGCCGGAACUGCCGCCGCCGGCCGCGGACAUUCAGGCCUGCGUCGAUCUCGGCUCCCAGCUGGACAUCGAGCUGCCCGAGAUCAUUGAGCUGCGCCAGCGGCUGAGCCACGCCCAGUGGAUGGAGGCCGUGGAGGAGGGCCUGGACGGCCGGCGCCGGCUGACUCUGGACGGCAUCGCCCAGCUGGUGGAGACCGGCAGGACACUGCCGCCCUACCACGUGGUGGAGCGCGCCAUGGGCGAGCUGCAGGGCCUGCUGCUGUCCGGCCAGCAGCACGAGGAGCGCGCCCGGCUGGCGCUCACCGCACGGCCGGUGCAGAGUCUGACCGAGGUGGAGGCGCUGCUGCGCGACGCCGAGAAGGUGCCCGCCUCGCUGCCCAACGUCGAGAGCCUGCAGGAGGUGGUGCAGAAGGCGCAGGACUGGCUGGAGCGCGUGGUGGCGCUCACCGAGAAGAAGGAGCACCCUCGGCUGGAGGUGGUGGAGGCGCUGGUGGCGCGCGGGCAGCCGCUGCCGGUCCUGCUGCCUGACCUCAGCCGCCUGGAGAACAUGGCCAACAGCGCCAGAGCCUGGCGGGAGCGCACCAGCCGCACCUUCCUCAAGCGAAACUCCUUCACCCUGCUGGAGGUACUGUCGCCCCGCGCGGACGUGAGCGUACACCAGUCACGCGGCAAGCGGCGGCGCCCCAAGGAGGAGCACCUGCUCUCCAGUGAUCUGGAGACGGACGGCAGCACGGUGGCCCAGGUGGUGGACGCCUACCGGGCUGCCGAGGAUCGCGAGCUGGAGCUGGUGCGCGGUCUGCGCGCCGGCAACCUGCAGAAGCGGCAGACUGAGGCCCAGCAGGGCAAGUACUGCCUCUGCCGGCAGCGGCUGCGCGGCUACAUGCUGCAGUGCGAACUCUGCCGGGACUACUUCCACGCGUCGUGCGUGCCGCUGGCACAGAGGGGUUCGGGCAAGGGCCGGUCGGGCGGCGGCUCGGACGGCACGCCGCCGCCGCCACCGCCGCCGACGCCGCCGCCGGCCGACGCCCACUUCCUGUGCCCGCUGUGUCAGCGCUCCCGCCGCCCACGGCUGGACACGGUGCUGAGCCUGCUGGUGUCGCACCAGAAGCUGGCCGUCCGGCUGGCCGAGGGCGUGGCGCUGCAGUGUCUGACGGAGCGUGCCAUGCGCUGGCAGGACCGGGCGCGCCAGGUGCUCUCCUCGGAGGAGAUGGCCGCCAGCCUGAGUAGCCUGGCGGCCGUCUCUCAGCGCGCCGAGACCAGCGCCAAGGAGCGGGCCGAGAAGACGGCCGGACGGCAGGCCGCGAAGGCCGACCAGAGAAACAGCGAGUCGUCGCUGGGCGCUGACGCCGAGUCGUCGGACAGCAGCCGGGACGCCUCGUCGGUGCACAUCAAGCGUGAGAGCUCCGAGCAGCCGGCGGCGCCGCCGGCCGGCUUCUCCAGCUCCGAGCACGCCUACUCGUCAGCCUUCAAGCAGACGCCGCCGCCGCCGACGCGGAAACCGCGCAAGGCUGUGCUGUCGCCACGGCGGGCUGACUCGCCGCCACCGCCGCCGUCCGUGGCGCUGCUGGAGACGGUGCUGAUGGAAGGAGACCUGCUGGAGGUCAGCCUGGAGGAGACAGAGCAGUUGUGGCGCCUGCUACUGGCCGCCCGACCCGCCGCCGCCGACCUCAACUUCCCCGACAUCGACAUCGUCAAGAUGGAGGAAGGCGGCGCGCGCCGUAAGUCGGCCGGCGCCGGACGUAAGAAGCGCUCGCCGGACUCGCCGCGCGGUCUGCAGCCGCCCAAACGGCUCAAGGUCAAGGUGAAGCCGCCCGAGGACUCUGCUGACCCGACCACGCCCAGCCCGGGGCCGGAGCAGACGUCGCCCAGUCCCAGCAAACGCACACCGAAGGCGGCUGCAGCAGGCUUCAAACGCAAAUUAACCAAGACCAAGAAAAUGUGUGUGGAUAAAGAACCAGCGCCACCCCAGGGCGGCGCUCGCAGCUCGGAGGACGGCGAGUCGGGGCCCAUCAGCAACUACGUGGAGGGACUCUGGCCGACGCCGCUGUGGGUCUGGGCGCUGCUCGUGAUGCGGCGCCAGCUGGCCGCGCCGCUGUGGGUCUGGGCGCUAUGCGUGAUGCGGCGCCAGCUGGCCGACGCCGCUGUGGGCUCGUGCAUCAACUGGAUCGGCUGCGACGCCUGCGAGCAGUGGUACCACUACAUCUGCGUGGGCCUGCCCAAGAACUACCAGGUCACCGAGGACAUGGUGUACAUGUGUCCGCGCUGCCAGAACAGCCAGGCGCCCCGGGGCCCGACCGAGUCGGCGGGCAGCUCCCUGCUGGACCUGGCGGCCGCCGCCGAGGAGCAGGACGGCGCCAGCGCGCUGCUCAGUCUGGCUUCGGGGGGCGCCAGCCCGGCCGCCGCCCUCAAGCGGGAGCCGACCGAGCCGACCGGCACCGCCCGCUCCAUCGCCGACGACGAACACGACGACGACGAGCAGGAGGAGUGAGGUCCCCGCGGGACCCGGCAGCAGCGGCUUGUCGGGCCUCGGCCUGAUCCGGCAGGCGGCCUGUUGGGCCCCCAGUGUGAUCUGGAACGAUCUGUUUGCUCCCCUGUGAGACGUUAGCGGUGUCUCGGGGCCUGGCUGAUGUAGCCUUGCGGGCGGCCCGCGGGGCCCCUCUUUAGCCUGGCAAGUGGUCUUUCCGUUCUCUUGCGACGCCAGACAGACAGUGUGUGUUUGCUCCCUGUGUGACUGCGGGCCGGAUGUCGGACCCCUGUGUGACUCGGCGGGCCGGAUGUCGGACCCCUGUGUGACCCCGCGAGCCGGAUGUCGGGUCCCGGUGUGACUCGUGGGGCCGGAUGUCAGACCCGCGUGUGACUCGGCGGGCCGGAUGUCGGACCCCGGUGUGACACGUGGGGCCGGAUGUCAGAUCCGUGUGUGACUCGGCGGGCCGGAUGUCGGACCCCGGCGUGACUUGUGGGGCCGGGCGCAGGCCCGUGUGUGAUCUGGCGACCGGCGGGCGCCGCCGGGGGUGACGACGGCCGCAGCAAGCUUGUUUGGACGAGUGGCCUGUGUGAUCUGGCGUGUAGUUGGCCCGGUCGCCACCGCUGCCGGGUGCGAACAUGUGCUCCUGUGUGCCGUCUCGGUGUGUGCACGCUCCGGGCUGGGUUGCGGCGUGUGCUUCAUCACGCCUCGUGUUUCUUUCCUUUCCCACUCUCUCCCCCUCUCUCUCGCUCUCCGAUCUCAGCUGUUGGCCGCUCGCUGGCUGGUGUGACGCUCUGGGUACGUGUCGGCGCGAAGUGCGCGCAUCGUCGGCACCUGCCUCGAAACUAGGUACCGCCGUACUGCAGUGAUGCCUCCAGGUUGAGCCCUAACGCAGUAGUGCGCCCAAGAGCACAGACACACGUACUGUCCACUGUGAGUGUGAACGUUUGAAUAAAUGACUAGAACUCGUGCCUCUAAACGAAAUCGGGUUCACGUUCGUUA